AUGGCCACAGUGCCUGGGAAAGAGAGGGAAAUAGUCGAAGAUACUUCAGAAGGAGAAAGUUUCAACUUUCAAAGCUUAAUUGGUCAAAAAUUAACAAAGGCCAAGAAAGAAGAAUUGAAAGACUACGCCAUCUCCUGCGGGUAUCAGCCAGGAGCACUACUCUUCGACGGUAUUGACGACGAAAGCCUGGGUUGCCUCCGAGACCGAACUGGAGCAAAAGUUAACGGAAGAAAGACACACAAGAUCCGACGGCUCGGGAGCGGCGGCGACGACGAGCUGGCGCCCCUGGAUCUCGAGGCGCUCCUGGCCACGACGCAAGACUCGGACCCCGACUGCCCCGCCGACGAGCAGACGAUCCAGUGCCGUACGGGAGGCGCGGCGGUGGCCACGCCGACAUGGGCAAGCCGUGGUCACGGUCACGGUCACCGCCGCGUCGCUAGCGUUUUUGGCGUGCCAGACGAGGACGACAACCUCGUCUCGCUGCUCACGCGCACGGUCUCGGCUGGCCUGGACGGCAUGUCGGAACGGCUUCUGCUCGACUUCUUCGUGGAGGUCACGAAACGCCGGCGGUCGGAAGCGCACGCCGAGCCGUCCAAGCUCCCUGGGCCGGUGGCCGGUCUGCUGCGACGGGAGGCUGAGCGGCUGCUGGUAGACAGCGAGGCUGUGGCAGCGGCCAGGGGCUGCCUGGAGGGCACGGCGACUGGGCGGUGGGGCUUGAAGGACGUGCUCAGUGGCGGCCAUGGCGUGGUACGACUCCCCGUCGCGGUGCAGCGGGUGCUUCAUGGCCCUGGGUCGCUUCCACCCGCCGGCGCCGGCGCCGAUCUGCGGCCGCGAGCUACAGGCGCCGCAUGCCCGCACCGCAGCCCACAAGUUGCUGCGCUGCUGCGUGGAGUGGGUUUCCAAUUGCAGUUUAACGGCUACCGGAGACCGGAGUGGAUCCGAUUUGCCACGUGGGCGCUCGAUCACGGCCGUUGA